UUUAUGAUAUUCGCAGCUGAUUGUGCGAAGUAAUAUCGAUACUAGUUACUUCUACGAGCAGAACAUUCUUCAUGAUUCCUGACUAACGGUUAAGGCGUUAGAUAAAUGUUAUUAUCCGUGAACGGUCUUUGUUUUGUAGAAAUAGAAAGAUCAUUCGGCAAACAUAGUGUGAAAAGCUUAAUCACUAAAUGAGUAAAUUGGAGACUUGCUUGAAGCUGAAACCGUUGCCACUACUCUAGUUAACCGAUUAAGUUAGUACCAACAGAAGUAACAGUAUCGGUGAUAGUAUCCAGUACUUGUUACUCCUGAUAUUACUUAAUUUAAAUUAUUAGUUUGCUAGUUCCAUAAAUUAAGUGUAAAUAUUAACAGUUAACUUGUAAGAGCAUCGUACUACUUGCAACUUGCUGUCUUCUACAACCGUAUAAGUUCUUACCUUUCUAGACCUGCCACGACAGACCUGGUGUAUUGUAUUUUGAAAUUUUAGAUUCCCAUUGCCAUCAAUAUUUAAAUAUCGCGCAUCAAAUUAAUUAUGGCUAGUCAAAGAAGACUUCACAGUCAUAUAGUAAAUUAUCAAGAGUCGGAUGAUGACGAGAAAAAUUCAGGAAGCAAUUCUCCAAUCAUUGGAAUUCCAGCUUAUAACUUUCCUAAGGUUAUAAUGGAUGAUGGCUUAAACUCAAACUACAAACUUGCAGCAGAGAAAAUCCUACAGCAUACCCAAGAACACAUGAUGGGAAAUGAGAUUUCAGCACCUUAUGAAGUGCCUCAUUUUCCUAUUGAAGUAUUUGAAUCUAAGAAAGCCAUACAGAGACAACUAUCAACGAGUAAAGACAAGGAUGAGAUAGUUCAAAAAGAACUAGAAGAUAGGCGCAGUCAUUUUGAUGGUGACACAAAGUCUUUUCCUGAUGUAUAUGAGGAUCCUGUGAGCCAGCUUAACGUCCAUGACUUUGUGCCUAAUUUCCAGAGAGUUUCUAUCAGUGGAGAGGAAACUUCAGGGAAGAAGAAAGCGGCAGAGGUUGCUGUUACUAGCCUAUUUCCCUCUCAUUGGAGGCGACCACGUGUGCGCACCUUCCCACAGAUGCUCAUGUUUGAUACUUUGGUUCCAACUGAAGACUUACACAUAGCAUCAAGGCUUCUAAUUGAAGCCAUUCGACUGAGGAAGAGUUAUAUGGAAGUUUCUAACCAAAGUUUUCCCUCAUUAACGUCUCGUUUUUUACAGUCUGUGAAAGGUGAUAAUGGUAAUACUGAGAAUAUGUUCAUGGAAGCAAAUCUGGCUGAGACCCAAAGUGGUGAAGACCAUCCUUACCAUGACCCUCCAACUGUAAAACACCCCUGGACAUGUGUUCUCCCAGAAAGUGCAGGAUACCAACUAAAGAUGGAAGAUGGAGUAAUUCAAGUCUAUCCCAGCAAAGAAGAUGUGGAAAAUGGACAUCGUUGUGACUAUCCUUUCCCCUCACUGUCAGUUUUUGUCCGUGACAUGAACUUGAUGUGUGCAAUGAUUGCAGAUGGACCCUUGAAAUCCUUCUGCUACCGAAGGUUAAGUUACUUGUCUUCCAAGUAUCAACUGCAUGUACUGCUGAAUGAGUUGCGAGAGCUGGCUGCACAGAAGGCUGUUCCUCAUCGAGAUUUCUAUAACACUAGAAAGGUGGACACCCAUAUUCAUGCUUCUUCGUGUAUGAACCAAAAGCACUUACUGCGUUUUAUUAAGAAAAAGAUUAAAAUCUGUCAUGCAGACAUUGUAUGUAAGAAAGAUGGUGUUCCAAUGACUCUAGACAUGGAUCGAAACACCUUCCAUAGAUUUGACAAGUUCAAUGCCAAGUACAACCCCAUCGGAGAGAGCAGUCUUAGAGAAAUUUUUCUUAAGACUGAUAACUACAUCAAUGGCAAAUACUUUGCAUUAAUUCUCAAAGAAGUGAUGUUUGACCUUGAAGAAAGCAAAUACCAAAAUGCAGAGUUGCGGCUAUCUAUUUAUGGGAGAAAGAGUGAUGAAUGGGAUCGUCUUGCUAAGUGGGCUGUGGAUAAUGAUGUGUAUUCUGAUAACGUUAGAUGGUUGAUUCAGAUUCCCCGACUUUAUGAUAUCUACAAGUCUAUUAAUCUUGUAGAGAACUUCCAGCAGAUUCUGGACAAUAUUUUCAUGCCAUUGUUUGAAGCCACUAAUGAUCCUCAGAGUCAUCCUGAGCUUCAUGUUUUCCUGCAGUAUGUGAUUGGCUUUGACUCUGUGGAUGAUGAGUCUAAACCAGAAAACCCUAUGUUUGACCAGGAUGUUUCCUUUCCAGCAGAUUGGAAUGACAGUGAAAAUCCUCCUUAUAACUAUUACUUAUAUUACAUGUUUGCUAACAUGACCGUUCUCAACCACUUCAGAAAGGAACGUGGAUUCAACACAUUUUAUCUUCGUCCUCACUGUGGUGAAGCAGGGCCAGUUCAACAUUUGAUAGGUGGAUUUCUUCUUAGUGAGAACAUUUCUCAUGGCUUGCUUCUUCGUAAGGUACCUGUUUUACAGUACCUAUACUACUUAGUCCAGAUUGGAAUUGCCAUGUCUCCUCUAAGCAACAACUCACUGUUCUUGAAUUAUCAUCGUAACCCUCUUCCUGAGUACCUCAGUCGAGGCCUUUGUGUAUCUCUGUCUUCAGAUGACCCUCUGCAGUUCCACUUCACCAAGGAACCACUGAUGGAAGAGUAUAGCAUUGCAGCACAAGUGUGGAAGAUGAGUAGUUGUGACAUGUGUGAACUAGCUCGUAAUAGUGUGCUUAUGAGUGGAUUUCCACACAAGGUGAAACAGUACUGGCUGGGUCCAAACUAUACUCGAGAGGGAGUUCCAGGAAAUGACUUGAGUCGUACCAAUCUCCCUGAUAUCAGAGUUGCCUAUCGUUAUGAAACCAUUGUAGAAGAACUUUCUACAAUCUUUCGUGUUGUCCAGCAUACUUAAGUGAAUAGAAGAAAUAUUAAGAUGGCUGCAAACACUAUUAUUAUUAUUCUUUAGAACAUCCUGAGCAAUUUAAAAGCAUUUAGGACUUGACUGUAGAUGUUUGUACCUAAGUGUUGUUUUUAGUUUUGAUAAUUAGUAACUGUAAUAUUUCUGUGCACAUUAGUAGGAAUUAAUAUUUAAUGGUUCUUAUAGGGGAAAAAAAAAUCACUAAUACUUGAACUUAACACAUUUUUUCUGUCUACUGUUUGUUGAGAAGAUUUGCACUGGACAGUACAGAACCAAAAAACACAAACAAUCUGCAUUGUACAUUAGAGGGUAUUAUGAAUAGAAAUAUAUUGUAAUACAUGUCUUGUGUGCUAUGCAUGUUUUUGAUUGUAAUUCAAUAAUAAUCAAACUUCAGCUCACUGAAUUACAACUAAUUUAGUGCAAGAAAGCAUGAUAAUCAAAAUUAACAUUGUGUUGGGUAUUUGCAUUCUAUAUGGUUUAGAUGUUUGAGUUUAGAUUACUUUUUGCUAUCUAUAAAUUACCUCAAUUAAUACAUAAUGACUGAAAUUUUUAUUUCAAUCACGAAGGAAGUAUGCAUCAAAUUAAGAAUGUGACCAGUAUUAUAAUGUAUAGUACUUUGUUGAAGACUUGGUAAUUAUGUGCCAACAUAUAUAGAAGAUUAAAUUAAUAUUUAAAUUGACAGCUAAAAAUAAUUUCAGAUACAUUCAAAAAGUGAAGUGCUUUUUGUUGAGCUAUAAACAAAGAUUAUAACAUUACACCCUGAAGAGAGUUAAACUUGUGUUAUUGGCUUAACAACUUAUUGGAAUGUUAGUUAAGGCAUUAGUUUUGUAAUACUAUGUUGUGUGGCACAGUUUUAAGAAGAAUUAAAUUGAUAGCUAGAUCAGUGAUUUUGAGCUUUAUCAUGAAAGAUUCAUGUGUCUUAGUACUACAGUUCAACAGUUUAAAGAGGAAUGAAUGUUAUACAAAAUGUGUAGAUUUCCAAUUUGCUGUUAUAACUUAUAAAUUACCUGUGAAAUUCGUGAGAAACAACAACCACACAAAAAAACCUUCACAUUUUGUAUUCAGUUACCAUUCACAUCUAGUUAUCAAUUUAUAAUAAGUAGGCUUACAUAGCCAAUCCUGAGAGCUAUAGAUCCAUGAUGUGGGGCCUCUAAAUUUGAAAAUUCCCCAAAUCUGAAUUUAGAUAGUUCUUAAGAAUAGCAUUUUACACAUUAGGACAAAAUUUCAAGUGAAUAAGUUGAAUUAGGUGUGAGAGCUCUUCCCCUUCACCCAAUUUUUGAAGCCCCUUUACUCAUGACUUUUUUCAUUUAUCUUCACAAAUGUAACCUACCCGUAAAUUGAAAACAAAACCUGGAAAAAAAAAAAAAGAGUAGGAUUUAACUAGAAGUCCACCAUGGGCUGGCAUUACACAUGAUAGAACAGUGGUUCAUAGGUUUAAAUAUUACAUAUUUGUUUGAGAAGGGAAUUAGUAUUUUGCAUAGUGAAAAUACUUAAUUCAAGAUUAAAAUUUUUAAGUAACACAGGGGUAACUAUUUAUUUUUUAAAAAUAGAUAUUGAUGAGUAUUUCAGAAAAUUAGUUUUGUGCAGUAACUUGUUUAUAGGUGAUAGCCCAGUUUUCAUAUCUAUAGUAUGUGCACUGUUGUAGUUGUGUAUGAAUAAAAAUUUCAAUCUUGCCUUUGUA